AUGCUCUCGGAAGAGGAUCAACUGUUGUUUGUGGCGGCGAAGGAGGCGCAGUUAACACGCAAUGAGGCGGUGCAUAUAAUCAUGUCGGACGUUUCUCACUCUGUCUUCUACGGGGCAUUUAUCCGUGUUCUCUUGGAACUGCAAGACCACCGUGAGGAUUACAUCGUAGCCCGCGUUGGGGCGAUUGCAACGGGUGAAGUCUACGGGGGCUUUUCAAACAAUGCGAACAUUAGAACAGACAAUUAUCUGGUGCUGCAGCUCCCACCGCACCUUGCGAAGAUCAAUGGAACACAGUACCAGUUAAACAGCAUCAGCAACUCCCCCAUGACGGAAGGGGAGUUUUCUCGCUGGUUAGAAGUGGCAAGGUCGGGGGCACAUGCGUUGUCAUCGUUGUACGCUCUGGAGGGUGUUGCGCCUGUUGCGUUACCGGUUCCAACGCGAGAGGAGCUCGCCGCCGUUGCCUGGCGAUUACGUGGAGUGAUUGGCAACUUGGCCCGGCAUGGACAUGGGGCGCACCGUCAGCGGCGGUGCAGCCAAGUGCAGCCGUCGCAGGCACAAGAACAGGGCCCAGCGACUCCCCCUCCAGACAACUUGUUGCAGGCGCUUUCUGUUUGUCCGAGUAGAAACGCACCCCCAUCGGAGGGGAACUUCUCGGCACCAAGUCUCCACAGUGCGUGUGCGGCUGAUAAUGCAUACAACCAUGACGGUGUGUCUAACUUUGCUCGGCAAAUCACCACGGCUUCAUUGGGCCCCGCCAACAGUAAUAUUAGUCAACAACAACAACAACAACAACAACAGCACCCAUAUAAUCCCCUUUAUCUGCAGCAGGCAGGUAACAUCAAUGGGAGUGUUGAAGGCAGCGGCCCUAGUGAAAAACCGCCUCUCUUUCAUGGUGCACUAUCACCAAUACCAGUAUCGACUAGUCCCCCCACUGCUAUUGAAAUUUCUGUGGCGGAGAGGGAGCUUGAGUUGCCGACACGCCGACAGAUUCGGCAAGACAUCAUUAAUAAAAUGAAUCAGAACGGCGUACUUUUUCCGACGAACAUCAAUGAGCUCAAGGUUUCCCAGCUGCGGCUUGCAGAGCGUGAUAUGAUUGAGUAUCUUGAGCAAGUGCGCGAAGCUAUCUCUAGUAAACAGGAGAACUGUGUUGUGUGCAUGGAUCACGUGCCAACAGUUAUUUCACUGCCGUGUCGUCACAAGGUGCUCUGCAGACUUUGUGCGCCCUCCGUGAGCACAUGUCCCGUGUGUCGAAGCCAGCUGUUUGAGCUCUUUGAGCCAAAGGAGAUCUAG